AUGCGGCUCUUCCGCCCGCUGUUACUCUCGCUCACCGUCCUAGCAUCACACGUCUUUGCUCAAGAGUCUGCGGAAGUACCAAAGCAGAACGAUGUGGCACGUCUCCGCAAGAUUGUCAUCAACAGUCUAUAUUCCCAUCGGGACGUAUUCUUACGCGAGCUGAUCUCAAAUGCAAACGACGCGCUUGAGAAGCUGCGUUUGACGUCGCUCACCGACAAAGAGGUUCUGUCGGGGGCCGAAGACUUGAACAUCACCAUUAAGGCAUUCAAGGACCAGGAUGGUCACGGUCGCAUUAUCAUCAGGGACACCGGGAUUGGUAUGACACCUGAAGAAUUAACGGCAAACCUCGGAACUCUGGCAAAGUCUGGCACAUCCGAAUUCCUCGCGAGAGCGGAGAGCACAGAUACUACAGGCACGGGCAACCUGAUUGGCGCGUUUGGUCUCGGAUUCUACAGCAGCUUCCUCGUUGCGGACCACGUCUAUGUCUCCUCGCUGGCUGCAAAGUCCUCGCAGAACCCGUCGCCAACCCAGUAUGUCUUCAGCUCGGGCGCGGAUGAGAGCUCCUUUGAGAUAUACCCCGAUCCGCAUGGUAACACGCUUGGUCGGGGUACCGAGAUCAUACUCGUGCUCAAAGACGACGCCCUGGAGUACACCGACCAGCACAAGGUCUCCGACCUCAUCGACAAACAUUCAUCUUUUUCGUCGGCAUUCCCAAUCUACCUCUACACGGAACGGACGGAACAGGUGCCUGUCGAGGUCGAGGAGACGAAGUCGGAUGAUGUCGACGAGGAUGUGGCUGUUGUCGAAGACGCGGACGAGAAAGACACAGAACCUAAGACGGAGGCCGUUACCGUCGAGGAAUGGAUUCACGUCAACUCUCAGCCGCCCAUCUGGAUGCGCGACCCGAAGACUGUCACGGAGGAGGAGUACAAGACUUUCUACCAAGCGACGUUCAAGGACUAUGAGGAGCCACUCGCGUGGCACCACUUCUCUGGCGACUCGGGCUCCGGCGUGUCCUUCAAGGCAAUCAUCUAUGUCCCUUCGCAUCUAGAUGACUCGUGGUGGCAGAAUCCGCUUCAAACCAGCUCAAAGGACAUCCGGUUGAUGGUCAAGCGUGUGUUUAUCACAUCUGACCUCGGCGAGGAUGCGCUGCCGAAGUGGGCCAACUGGGUGAAAGUCGUCGUUGAUGCGGAGGACCUACCGUUGAAUGUAUCCCGUGAGAUGCUGCAGUCGACGCGAUUCCUGAAGCAGCUGCGCUCGAUUAUCCUGCGCCACAUCCUACAAAUGCUCGUGCGCAUCGCUGAGGAUGACCCAGAGAAAUGGGCGCAGGUGCAGAAAGUGUACGGGAAUGUGUUCAAGCUCGGUGCGGUGGAGGACGUGAAGAACCGCGACAAGCUGGUCGGACUCACGCGCUUUGGGACGAACCAGCGAGAUAGCACGUCGCUGGACGAGUAUUUGGAGAACAGAAAGAAGGGACAAAAACAGAUCUUCUACAUCGCCGACAUGGGCAGCACCCCGGAGAUCCUCGCCAAGAGCGUGUUCAUCGAGAAGCUCCAUGCGCGUGGCUACGAAGUCCUCCUGCUGACUGACCCGCUCGAUGAGAUCUUUGUCCAGAACUUGCGGCUGUGGAAGAAGGUACAAUUCCAGGAUGUCGCAAAGGCCGGGUUGAGAUUCGGAGACGAAGAGAUGAGCCCCGAGGAAGAGAAGGAAGAACAAAAAACCCUAACUGAGCAGUUCAAGCCUCUGCUCGACUGGCUAAAGGAGGAGGCGAAGGAUGUCGUCCGUGAUGUCGUGAUCUCGAAUCGCCUGGUGACGAGUUCGUGCGCCGUGGUCGCCGAUCAAAUGGGUUACACCGGGAACAUCGAGAGGAUGAUGAGCAGUUCGCAGGGCGCCAAGAACCCGAUGCAUGCGUUCGCAAAGAAACAGAAGAUCCUCGAAAUCAAUCCGCGCUCGCCCACGAUCCAGGGUCUACUGCGCAGAAUUGAGCAGCUUCCGUCCGAAGAGGACGGCAGGGACUUGGAUACGGAGGAAGAAAUGAAGGAGGUGGCGUCCGUGCUCAUUGACGGAGCGUUGGUCCGCUCUGGGUUCAGUGUCCCAGACUCGAACGAGUUCUUCGUGCGGGUUGACCGUAUUCUGCGCCGCUCACUUGGCGUUUCGGAGACGGCGCCAACAGACACGACCGUCAAGCCCGCGCCUGAGGUUGACACAGAACCGCUCAAUCUCGAAGACCCGCUGCUCGACAUGGAGUGGCCAGACUAUGUCCCAGGCUCACUCAGACAGCCCCCGCCCGAGUCCGAAUACAAGCCGGAGAACCAAGUUUUCUGGGAGGUCGAGGAGAUUGACGAGGAGGGGAACCCAGUGAAGAAGUCCGACGAGAACAUUGUAAUCAAGCCUCACGAUGAGCUGUGAGAGGUUGCGGGGAGUGAUCUGUAUUAUUAUAUCCAAUGUUUUCUUGCUUUUUCUUGGUGGUGGCGGAUAGGAAUGACUGGACACAGUAGAGCUUGACCUACCUCUGUUAUGUGUGUUGAGAAAACACCCCGGAAUCCGGGGAGUCUUCGACAGUGGUCAUAUAGAUCAAGUUUUCGAACCU